GAGAGAAAUACUUGCAGAGCCAGCAGGGAGUUGGGCUGCUCCUUCCCGGACGCUGGGGACCCUCCACCUCUCUCCAGAUGGAAAGAUGACAUGACCUUGUGGUAAACCCCAGAACUGAGGCCCCAGGAUGACAGAACCCGAGACCCUGGCCCUGCUAGAAGUGAAGGGACCUGAGGUUCCAGAGAAGAGCCCACCCCAGACCUUGGUCCCCAAUGGCCGGCAGCCAGAAGGGGAAGGUGGGGCUGAGUCCCCUGGAGCUGAGUCUGUCAGAGUGAGGUCUUCAGCUGAGUCUCCCACAGCCAGAGAGGGGGCUGAGGAUGGUCUAGACAGCACAGUAAGUGAGGCUGCCACCUUGCCCUGGGGGACUGGCCCCCAGCAGCCCAGUGCCCCAUUCCCAGAUCCCCCUGGCUGGCGGGACAUUGAACCAGAGCCCCUUGAGUUGGAACCAUCGGCCAAACCAGAAGAGCCGCCUGAAGAUGAUGCCAACCUGUUGCCUGAGAAAGCAGCCCGGGCCUUUGUGCCCAUCGACCUACAGUGCAUUGAACGGAGGCCCCAGGAGGACCUCAUCGUGCGCUGUGAAUUGGGAGAGGGCAAGCGCCGGAACUUCCUGCCCGCCCGGGCCACCCACCCUGAGCCCACUGAGUGCAAGUGGGCCGAGGCAGUGGUGAAGCCACCUAGCCAUUCCUGUGGGGGCUGCGGGAGCUGUGGGAGUCGUGAAAGGUUGAGGGCUGUGGCCUCUGUGGGAGCUGCCCUCAUCCUCUUCCCCUGCCUGCUAUAUGGGGCUUAUGCCUUCCUGCCCUUUGAUGCCCCACGGCUGCCCACCAUGAGUUCCCGCCUGGUCUACACGCUACGCUGCGGGGUCUUUGCCACCUUCCCCAUCGUGCUGGGGCUCCUGGUGUACGGGUUGAGCCUAUUAUGCUUUUCUGCCCUACGGCCCUUUGAAGAGCCACGGCGGGAGGUGGAGAUCCACCGGCGAUAUGUGGCCCAGUCAGUCCAGCUCUUCAUCCUCUACUUCUUCAACUUGGCUGUGCUGUCCACCUACCUGCCCCAGGACACCCUCAAGCUGCUCCCUCUGCUAACUGGUCUCUUUGCCAUCUCCCGGCUGAUAUACUGGCUGACCUUCGCCGUGGGCCGCUCCUUCCGGGGCUUCGGCUACGGCCUGACCUUCCUGCCGCUGCUGUCCAUGCUGGUGUGGAACCUCUACUACAUGUUCGUGGUGGAGCCCGAGCGCAUGCUCACGGCCUCCGACAGCCGCCUGGACUACCCGGACCACGCCCGCGCGGCCUCCGACCACAGGCCCCGCCCCUGGGGCUAA